UGAGGGAUAGGCUAAAAUGAGGUGCAUUUGAGAAAAGAAUUGCUUCUAAAAGAAUGUUUUCUAGGCAACUUUUAUCCUUUAUUGCAAAAGGUAGAAGUAUUUUGAAUCACUCAACUCUUCAAAGGUUUUCCACAUCAUGUAGUGUUACCAACUCAUUUGAUGAAAGCAUUCUUAAAAUUCUUGUGUGUCCAGUCUCCAGAAAGCCGUUAAGAUAUGACAAGGAAAAGAACGAGUUGAUUUGUGAUGAUAGUGGGAUUGCAUAUCCGAUUAUCAACGGUAUACCUAAUCUUGUUCCCCAAGAUGCCAGAAUAAUAAAAUCGGAUACUGAAAAAGACAGUGUAGAUUCCACAAAGACGAAAAACUGAAACAACUUUUAGAAUAUGUGAAAGAAUCUUACUUAUUUCCUUUUUCGACAUUUCUUUUUAUCAUCUUCUGUUAUUUGCACUUCCUUUCCUUGAUGGACUGCUUGCAAAUGUAGCAUACUGUCAAUAAACGUAAUUAUUUUGGUGA